AUGGAGUCCCAAACAGCAUUGGUUAUAACUCUACUUCUACUCCUCUCUGUCCCAAUCAUCCUCAUUCCCCGCCUCAUACACUCUUCAAUCCAAUUCCUCAAAUGGCCUCGUAAACAAUCCAGCGAGAUCACCUCGCUACGCAUGUAUCCCAUCAAAUCAUGCCGAGGCCUAGAAGUGACCCAAACAAUUCUCAAAAGCCAUGGUCUCGACCUUGACCGUCGUUGGAUGUUAAUCGAUACAUCAACAAACAACUUCCUGACCAUCCGCCAAAUUCCGAACAUGACCCGCAUCGGCACAGCACUAAGUCCAGACGGCCAUGAACUGAUCAUCACCGUUCCCAAGUCUGGUCCUGAAACAGAAUCAGUGCACACUAUCCGUAUCCCGUCUCAUCCGACCCCGGACUGGCUCGCGGAAAAUACUCAUAUCGACCCCGUCCGAAUCUGGGAUGUCGAUACAGACGGGUACCGCUAUAGCGAAGCGAUUAAUGCUCCAUUUUCAGAAUUCCUCGGUCGCAACGUCGCCCUCGUCUACAAGGGUCCUACGCCUCGUAUUCUCAAAGGCAAUGGUGAUCCCAGUAUUCUGGGCCGUGUUCAAACGACUGGAUUCUCGGAUGUUCAUCCCGUGCUUAUUGCGUCGGAAAGUUCACUCAAAGAGCUCAAUCAGCGUUUAGAGAAGAAAGGCGUUGAUCCAAUUACGGUUGAGCGUUUCAGACCUAAUAUUGUGGUUAAGGGUGGGAAGGCGUGGAGUGAGGAUUCAUGGAAACUUGUUCGCAUUACGGGCUCGGGUGGGCCUGAUUCUACGAAGCCGCUUGAUUUGGAUAUUGUUGCGCGUUGUGCGCGCUGUCAGGUCCCGAAUGUUGAUCCGGAUACGGCCAGUAAGCAUAAGAAGCAGCCGUGGGAUAUGUUGGUGUCGUAUCGGAGGAUUGAUGAGGGUGUUAAGUAUAAGCCUUGCUUUGGAAUGUUGAGCGCGCCGCGGAAUGAGGGGGUUAUUGGGGUUGGGAUGAGGUUGGAGGUUUUGGAGGAGACGAGUGAACAUCGAUAUAUGGCGGGAUUUUAG